AGAGGAGAGCAGAGGAGAGUGUUUGAUGAUGUAGCUUCACCUGGUUUCUCCUUCCACUUGAGGGGAACAAGUUCCCCAGAAAACUGGAUGUCACGAGCGGAGGAAACAACAAAACAAAGUGAUUCACUAACUUGCCUCUUCGAUUCCUAAUCCAUCAAUUUGUCCACAGAGGAUCUCUAUCUCUGUUCCUUUACACCAUCAACAUGAGUGCUGCCUUCUCCCACCCAUUCGUAGAUCAGCGGCCCACUUACCUUAACAGAGGCAGCAUCCUGCCAUACAGACUGUCUGCCUCUAGUGGCCACUCUGAGAACCGCACCCACUCCCAUUCCCACCACCUCCACUCUGACCCUCUGGCCCACACUGUGCCCUUACUCCUCUACCCCACCACCAUGGAUCCCCGAGGCCUCUAUGACGCCUCAUUCCGUGGCCCCCGAGGCCCCACCCUGCUCCCAUACUUAUCUCCCUUCCACCAAGGGCGCUUCGGGGUGUAUGAAUGCCCCUUCGAGCCGGCGUUUCUACAGAAGAGGAACGAGCGGGAGCGUCAGAGGGUAAAGUGUGUGAACCAGGGCUAUGCCAAGCUUCGGGACCAUCUGCCAGGGGGCGCCAGUGAGAAGAGGCUCAGUAAAGUGGAGACACUCAGGGCAGCGAUUCGUCAUAUUAAAUACCUGCAGGGUCUGGUGGAGGGGCAGGGGAAAGGGAGAGAGGGGCAUGAGGAGGAACAGGCAUGCCACAGCCCCAGUUCUACUCCAUGUAGGACAGAGGACUCGGGACACAGAGAUGGGGGGUCAACUUGCUCUCUCUCACACUCUUCCAGUAUCUCCCCGGGGGUAGACUGUGGGGAGAUAGAGGGCUCUGGGACCUAGGUGAUUAUGGGUAGUGUCAUUUGUGAGAGGGACUGUGGAUGGACAUUUGUAGAAAGGGUGUGAGUACCCCUCUCCAAGGACUGCUCACCACAACAUCACACCCUCAGC